GUAAGGAGCUACACCUACCAUAACCCUUUCCUUUUUAGCCUUUGUUUCCUUCUCCCCUCUCCUUUCAAACUUUUCCCUUCCCUUCCCUUCUAUCUCUCUCUCUCUCUGCUCUCCCCCGUUUCCUUUCACUAAGGUUUUCCCAAGAAAAAUCUACUCAAAUUUCCCAGAAUUCGCUUCUCUUCACUUUUUCCAGAAAAAUUAAGCUCAAAAUUCACAAGUUUGUAUUCACCAUGAUGGAACCCAACUUCGCCGAUGACUUGGAUUGCGGAUUCUUCGAUCAAAUUGACGACCUGCUUGACUUUCCCAACGAGGAUGUCGACGCUGGUCUGUCGGCUGCCGAUUCCGCUGCCUUUCCGAGCAUUUGGGCCGCCCAGUCCGAGUCAUUGCCUGGUUCUCAUCCCGUCUUCUCCAACAAUGGCAACUCUGACCUCUCCGCUGAAUUCUCUGUUCCGUAUGAUGAAAUUGUUCAAUUGGAAUGGCUGUCGAAUUUUGUCGAUGAUUCCUUCUCUGGAGGAAACUUGAUGAUUAACAAUAAGGAAGAUUCAUCCCACCGUAAGUUCCAGUCUUCGAGUCCAGUUUCCGUCCUCGAAAGCAGCAGCUCCUGCUUGGUAGAGAAACCAGAGACCGAAACGGCCCCACGCAGCCCGGAAACGGUUGCCACCGGAAAGCGAGGACGUGCUCGGAGCAAACGUCCCCGCCCGACAAUGUUCAAUCCUCGCUCAAUGCAACUCAUCUCCCCCACAUCCUCAGUGAAUGAGAAUGACUCCGCUACCCAUCAUUUGCUUCCCCCUAAGGUUCCAUCUGAUUCCGAGAAUUAUGCAGAGUCCCGGCUUCAGAUCAAAAUUCCGAAGCAGUUUAACCUGGAGCAUAAGAAGAAGAAGAAAAUGAAGAUGCCUAAUCCAUCUCUUUCUGCUGCUUCUGGGGAUGGAAAUCAGAAUCCACCAUCUCAAGCCGUUAGGAAAUGUAUGCAUUGCGAGAUAACAAAGACACCACAGUGGAGGGCAGGGCCAAUGGGACCAAAAACCCUUUGCAAUGCUUGUGGUGUGCGGUACAAGUCCGGCAGGCUCUUCCCUGAGUACCGGCCGGCUGCUAGUCCAACAUUCGUUCCAUCCAUUCACUCCAAUUCGCAUAAGAAGGUGCUCGAGAUGAGGACCAAAAUUUGCACUGCAACAGCAUUCGUCGACAACUCACCAGAGUUGAUCCCAAAUAACUCCAAUCCUGCAAUGAAUUACAUUUGAUGAGACACCAUGCAAGUCCCAUUUGGCAUCUCUGUUUCCCUCCCCUCUUUUGUCCUUUCAAUAUUAUUUCUUUUUCCUUUUUCAUUGGUUGUUUUUUGUACAGGGUUGAAAUGGGGGAAGAACAAGAGGAAUUAGAUGAGCAGCAUUUUAGCUUAGUAGAGAGGGGGGAAUUGAGAAAAAUGAGUAGAGAAAUUUGAAGGGUAGCAAAGUUGUAGGUUUUAGUGAUGGAGUAGAGUCUUUAAGAUUAUAUUAGUCUGUUCUGUCUUCCUUUUUUGUAUUCUUUCUUCGUGUUUCCUUCACAGGGGAAUUCUUUUUGCAGUUCAUUUGUUAGUAGACAUAUUCCGAAAUUGAGUAAUGAAAUUUGACAACUUAUUUCCAUUUAUGUAGUUACUCUCUGCUUUGCAGUUUCCACUUUAC